CCAUAAAUUUGUUAUUCACGCGGAUGGAAGUGCGAAGAUCUUUUCAUUUUAGCUGAUUUGCGAGGAUAAGAAAGAGUGGAUUUGAGGGAUCAAAGUAAGGAAGAAGAAGAUAAGAAAGAAAGGAAGCAAUGGCUGGAAGAAAGGGUCGGAGAUUGUUGCUUACUCCUUUGCCGUUACAAGGCCACAUAAACCCAAUGCUUGAACUGGCACAAAUCCUUUACUCAGAGGGUUUUUCUAUCACCAUCAUCCACACAACUUUCAAUUCCCCACACCCUUCCAACUACCCACACUUCACCUUCUCCUGCAUCCAACACGGUGUCUCUCAGACUCAAUCCUCCGAUCUCUUGAACUUCCUCCUCCAACUCAACGUAAAAUGUGUGGAGCCUUUCAAAGACUGCGUCACAAAGCUACUACGGAGUGAUGAAGCGGCGGUGGAACCUGUGGCGUGUUUGAUUUCAGAUGCUAUGUGUUACUUCACUCAAGCUGUUGCCGACAACCUUCACCUUCCUAGGAUUGUACUGCGAACUGCUGCCAUCUCUUCCUACGUUGCUUUUCUCGCCUAUCCUUUGUUCAGACAAAGAGGUUACAUACCCACACAAGAUUGCAUAUUGGAGGAGGAAGUGAAAGAACUAGCACCACUGAGAGUGAAAGACCUACCUCUGAUUAAGACGGAGGAGCCAGAAAAAUACUACGAAUUACUGCGCAAUUUCUUGAAAGAGACAAAGGCUUCGUUGGGAGUGAUUUGGAACUCCUUUGAAGGGUUGGAGUCACCUGCACUGAGAAAACUGAGCAAGGAGUUUUCCAUACCAAUGUUCCCAAUAGGACCCUUUCACAAGCACUUGUCUUCAUCCUCUUCCUCUAGCAGCUUGAUCUCACAAGACCAAAGUUGCAUAGCUUGGUUAGACACCCACCCACCCAACUCUGUGGUGUAUGUGAGUUUUGGGAGUCUUGCUGCAAUAACUGAGACCGAGUUCGUGGAGUUAGCUUGGGGUUUAGCCAAUAGUAGGCACCCGUUUCUAUGGGUGGUUCGACCGGGGCUUAUAAAGGGCUCGGAAUGGGUGGAGGCACUGCCAAGUGGGUUCCUGGAGAAUCUGGAAGGGAGAGGUGCAAUAGUGAAAUGGGCCCCUCAGCAAGAAGUGUUGGCACACUCGGCAGUGGGUGCAUUUUGGACUCACUGUGGUUGGAAUUCGACUUUGGAGAGUAUUUGUGAAGGGGUUCCUAUGAUAUGCAUGCCCAUUUUCACUGACCAAAAAGUUAAUGCAAGGUAUGUGAGUCAUGUUUGGAGGGUUGGGUUGCAGCUAGAGAAGAGGGUGGAGAGAGAGGAGAUUCAGAGGAUCAUCACAACAUUAAUGGAUGUCAAUGGCGAAGCUAAGGAGAUCAGAGAUAGAGCCUUGAAAUUGAAGGAAGAGGCUGAGCUUUGCCUCAGACAAGGUGGCUCCUCACGCUCUUCUCUCCAAGCCUUGGUUACUUACAUUCUCUCGUUCGACUCCUUCACUUCUUAACCCUCUUGAUUAUAUAUUCCUUUUCGGUAUUCAACGGAUUGUUCAUCGUUUCUCUGGAAACAAUAUAGAACAUUUAAUGAAUAAAAUUCCAGUUACAAACUAUCCAUUAUUACUCA